CCCCCAGAGCACUGGGAUUGGAAGGGACCUCAGGAAAGGAUCACGGUCACUGGCCAGUCAAUAUGAGAGCAGUCCUUCCCCACUCUUCCCCCUCCCUCUCCUUACUUUUUGUUUCACUACAAGCCAGCCCAGCUUCAAAACUCAAAACUUUCAAAAUGUUUUGAGUGCCCUCAUUUCUUUUCAAGGCUGUUUUGAAGCCUUUUGUUUUGUUUUGAUUUCACUGUUUUAACCUCGAAACAAGUUGAAACAGUGUUGAAAUGAAACACCUGGUGAAAUUUUGCAAAGCCCUACUAACUACCUCCCUUUAAAAAGGAAACAUUCAUUGCACAUGCCCAUGUAUGUACAGCAAGCUGCAACAUUUUCCUGCACUCAAGAAGCAUUAUAGCCAAGGGAACUGUUCAUCUACACUGUAGACAGCUAUGGUCAAGAGCUUGUAGACUCGCAUGUGUUUAAUUGUUCUGAUGUGAGUUUUUGUCAGGGGCUUAGGUUUUUCAGCGUCUAGGCUAAAGUUGUCCAAGACAUAUGAGUCUAAGAAAACACUUUGCCUUCCCACACCGUAACUUUCCUUGAGUGCAAGAAAAUGUUCUAGUUUACUGAAAAGAAAGCUGGUCCCAUAAUGGAAAUGUUUCCCUCUUAAGGAGAAAGAAGUAUGUAGAUGUGCUGUUUGAAUCAUUAUUACUUUGGUGAAGGGCUGUGGGUAGUAAGCCCUAAACAUGAAAACCCUCUCCUAGAAGGAAAAAUAUUGUAAAAUAUUUCUGUGAAAGUAGGAAGAGGCAGAACUCUGGGCAGCUAGUGAAAAUCAUUGUUCAUUGACCUGAGUGGGAAGCACUGAGUUUAUUGCAAAUACCCACAUUCACCCUGAUGACCCCUUAGGAAAGGUCCGUAACAUACUACAAUUUUUUUUUAUUUCUCUGAAUACUUGAGAGUUGAGGAAUCUUGUACAUUUUAAUCCUUUGCUGUGUCAUAACAACUGAACUGGCAAGAAAAGGACUCACAUGAUGUGUUGAAAUGCAUGUUUGUGGUGCUGGGAAACAUUAUCUAGGUCUGGUAGGUUUUUUUUGUCUAGUUGAUGUACUCUUAAAAGAGAAAUGAUGAAAGCUCUUCAGUUGUGAAGCACUGGACAUGUUCACUAUAUGUUUUCUAACAGUAGAUGCUACUAUUCACACAUUGUGUGAUUAGGCUCUGGAAGUUGCUUACCUGUACUGUUUAACUGUUUAGUUAAUGUCUUUCAACUGUUUCUGAGAAUUGCAGAAACUGAAUCUCAGCACUUGCUAUGCACACUUUCAUAAAGUUACUUAUUUGCAAUCCUAUAAUUUUAAAAGCUUUCCAGUUUCCCUGCAAGUGGAUAAUACCUCUUAUUUUCUGUUCAGACAAUUUCACCAGAUCUUUAAGGAAAAAUGCAAUUUUUUGCUGUGUAUUCAUGGUUCUGAAUAUUGACUAAUUUCUUGUCAUGGCUAACAUCACUUUAAAAAAGUACUUUGGUGUUGUCUUGAACUUAAGAAAGAAAUACAUUUUCAAGAGCUAGAGACUCUUUAAAAAAAAAAAUCCUCUUCAUCGUGACAGUGCCCCCUUGUUAAUGCACAGAUUAUAAAUAGUCUCAUGAGAGUGAUAACUUUAGGUUUAAAAUGUCUACAGGCAGGUUGAGACUAUUGCAAACUGCCUGCUUGAAAGAGUUUUACUGCUGCUGUUACUGUGGAAUAUGAUCUAACCCACCCUUCCUUGUGUCUUUUGAGUUCUUCACUGCUUCUGUAGUGGAAGGACGAACUUCAUAUAACUACUUUUGUAGUUAGAAGGGUUACCAUACAGCAUGGGUGGAUCCAGGAUUUACUAAAGGGCUGGAAAUCCUUUCAGUACUUAACCUGAAAUGAAGAAAGAAUGCAAGAAUGAUUGAAGAUUGUGGGAAAAGAGGAAAUACCAUGGCAGAAAGAAGGCAGCUGUUUGCAGAAAUGCGGGCUCAAGAUCUGGAUCGCAUUCGUUUAUCCACGUACAGAACAGCAUGCAAGCUUAGAUUUGUACAAAAGAAAUGCAACUUGCAUCUGGUGGACAUUUGGAACGUUAUAGAAGCCUUGCGAGAAAAUGCAUUGAAUAACCUGGACCCAAGCUUAGAACUGAAUGUGGCUCGUCUGGAAGCCGUGCUUUCAACUAUUUUCUACCAGCUCAACAAACGGAUGCCAACCACUCACCAGAUCAAUGUGGAGCAAUCCAUCAGCUUACUGCUUAACUUCCUGCUAGCAGCCUUUGAUCCGGAAGGACAUGGUAAAAUUUCUGUUUUUGCUGUCAAAAUGGCUUUGGCGACUCUUUGUGGAGGAAAGAUCAUGGACAAAUUAAGAUAUAUUUUCUCAAUGAUUUCAGAUUCCAGUGGAGUGAUGGUUUAUGGAAAGUAUGACAUGUUUCUGCGGGAGGUUCUUAAAUUGCCUACUGCGGUCUUUGAGGGUCCUUCGUUUGGUUACACAGAACAAUCGGCAAAAUCCUGUUUCUCUCAACAGAAGAAAGUCACUUUAAACGCUUUCUUGGACACUCUCAUGUCUGAUCCUCCACCUCAGUGCCUGGUGUGGUUACCACUUCUGCAUCGGCUGGCAAAUGUCGAAAAUGUCUUCCACCCUGUUGAGUGUUCCUACUGCCACAGUGAGAGCAUGAUGGGAUUUCGGUAUCGGUGCCAACACUGUCACAAUUACCAGCUCUGUCAGGACUGCUUCUGGAGAGGGCAUGCCAGUGGUUCCCAUAGCAACCAGCACCAAAUGAAAGAGUACACGUCAUGGAAAUCACCUGCUAAGAAGCUAACUAAUGCACUUAGCAAGUCUUUAAGCUGUGCUUCCAGCCGUGAACCUUUGCACCCAAUGUUCCCUGACCAGCCUGAAAAACCUCUAAACCUGGCUCAUAUUGUGCCUCCCAGACCUGUAACCAGCAUGAAUGACACACUCUUCUCCCACUCUGUUCCCUCAGGAAGUCCUUUUGCAAACAGAAGCUCUCCUUACAAGAAUAAUGAAGUAGAGCAGAACAAACUUCUGGCUAGGGCUGCUCCAGCUUUCUUGAAAGGCAAAGGGUUACAGUACAGCCUCGAUGUUGCAGACAGGCUGGCCGAUGAACAUGUACUCAUUGGGUUGUAUGUCAACAUGCUCCAGAGCAACCCCUCACGCAUGCUUGACAGUUCGAGCCGUCUUGAUGAAGAGCACAAGCUGAUCGCCAGGUAUGCAGCAAGACUGGCAGCAGAGACCUCUUCAUCACAACAGCAAGGUCAGCAAAGGGGUGCAUCAGAUAUCUCUUUCACCAUUGAUGCAAACAAGCAACAAAGACAGCUGAUUGCAGAGCUUGAAAAUAAGAACAGAGAAAUUUUACAGGAGAUCCAGAGGCUGCGACUUGAACAUGAGCAGGCGUCUCAGCCCACACCAGAGAAGGCACAACAAAACCCAACUCUCCUUGCAGAGCUUCGACUCCUGAGACAGCGGAAGGAUGAGCUGGAACAGAGAAUGUCUGCUCUCCAGGAAAGCCGGAGAGAGCUGAUGGUUCAGUUAGAAGGCCUCAUGAAACUGCUGAAGACUCAAGGAGCAGGCUCACCUCGUUCUUCACCCAGUCACACUAUCAGCCGACCAAUUCCUAUGCCUAUCAGGUCUGCAUCUGCCUGCUCCACCCCAACCCAUACACCUCAGGAUUCUCUGACAGGAGUAGGAGGAGAUGUGCAGGAGGCUUUUGCUCAAAGUGCAAGGCGAAAUUUAAGAAAUGACUUACUGGUGGCAGCUGAUUCAAUCACCAAUACCAUGUCUUCUCUGGUAAAAGAGCUAAACUCAGAAGUGGGCAGUGAGACUGAGAGUAAUGUCGAUUCUGAAUUUGGACGGACACAUUUUGAUGAUCUUGUUCCAUCACCAACUUCUGAAAAAGCUUUCCUUGCACAAAUCAAUGCUCGGAAGCCAGGAUACAUUCAUAGUGCAGCUGCCACAGGAUCUAUUCGCAGUGACAUGGUUACAGAAGAUGGAGAUUCCUAUGUUAGAGCAGAUGAUGAGAACUAUGAAAAUGACUCUGUUCGUCAGCUGGAGAAUGAGCUCAAGAUGGAAGAAUAUCUGAAACAAAAACUUCAGGAUGAAGCCUACCAGGCAAGCUGCAGUCAGACAGACAACGAAAGCUAUGUACGAACUGAUGAUGAGGAGAGCUGCCUUCGAACAGAUGAUGAUGAUGAAAACCUGGCUGCAAACUUCACGGAAGAAUGGAACCAACAGGUGCAGCGUCUCUUGACAAAAAAAUCAAAUGACUAACUAAGUUCUGAGGACUGUAGCACAGUACUUUUGUUCUAAGAGUUGUAGUCUGUAGGUGUGUGUUUUGAGAAAAAGACUUUUGUUUAAAGCUAACUCUUAUUAGCUACAUCUUCUGUAACAUGGCUCAUUACCGGUGAAGAACACAGGCUGAAAUGUGUACUGCUGUUACAAAACAACAGCAGCACUAACUAAACAUGUAAACCCUUUGCACAUGAUGUUGAACCUGUUCCGUUUACAAUGACAAUAUUAAUACUGUUUAUAGAUAGGAAUUUGAUUUCUGAAUACUUUGAGAUUUUAGUAGAACAGUUUACUAUACACUGCACAUUUUUUCCACAGAAGAAAUAAAAAGCUACAAUUAUGCAUUUAACAAUAAAUGAUUAUACUCCUGAGUGUAUAUAUCUAGUAGCCCAAAAGCAAAGUACCAGGGUCUAUCUGCAAUUUGUUUGCAAGUCUUUACGUAAAAGGACUUGUACAAAACUCAGUAAAAGAAAAAAAAAACCUCUCUAAUUUAGGGCUAACGUAUAACUUAGGAAUGUUUUCUUUCAAAAUAAUCUAAAAAUCAGCCAUAGAAGUUAGUGUAAAUAUUUUUUCCAAAUAAAUAUCAUAUACAAAUGGCAACAUUCAAAUUAUAUAGAAUCUAGUUUUUAAAUCAGCACAGAUCUUCUUAAAACUGUGAACUAUGUUUUGAAAUACUCGUUACUAAAGCUGUUUAUAAACCACAGGUGCCAUAAGAUCCCUGAACUGACUGAAGUUAUGUAUAAUCUUCCAUGGUAUUGUUUCAUUGAUGUUUUAGCUUUAGUAAGCAUGUGUUCAACCGAUUGGCUCUUCCCAUUUUUUCUCCAAACCCAUCAUGUUAUUUUGAGGCCUUCAGCUUUAAAUGUACAGGCUUAAAAGUGCGCUUGCAACUGUUUUCUUUUAUUUCCAAAUGUGUAUUGCCUUAGCCAGCCACCAGAUGUUCUGCAUGCACUCUUGGAAACGUGUAGUGAGACUCUCUUUCAGAGCUGAAUGGAGACAUAGCUGUCAGGGAAAAGCACAAGAAAAGCAGUGGAUGUUUCUGAGAGAACAAGCACAGAGUUACAAAGUUGGAGUUUUGUCCCUGUAAGUAACUCUUAACAUUUUAUCUUAGCCCUGGAGAAUUCGAGGAGAAAAUGAGGCUUUUUGAUCAUUCAGGAUUAUAAAAAGGAAGUACUAGCUAUAAACUGCUUGCCCUACCAUUGCUAUUAUCCAACAUAUAGUUUUGAGCAGGGAUUGAAGCAAAGUAUCUAGUAAUAUCUCACACAUAAGAUAUUACUUCUGAAUAAAGUUACACUGUCUAGCGGCCCUGAAAACAGUACAAUUUCAUACAGAAAUUCCUUAUCUGGCACAAUCUACUAACAGUGAGUAAUAAGGUAUUGAUUUAAAACAACCCAAUGCAUGUCUAACUUCUGUUCUGUGGUAGCAUCUAGGGAUGUUUCCUACCACUUAAAAAUGAGAUUGCUACAUAGCUUGUCUCAAUACAUUAAAUCGGUGUUAGUCUGUAGGCAGUCUUUAGUCUCAUGGCUGUUUCAAUGGGACUGCUUUUGGGUAAGAUGGAUCUGUAUGAAAGAGCUACUGCGAUUUUUCAGUUUCGUAUUAUUGCUUAUGCAGAUGUCUUGUCCACAACUUCUUGUAUAUCUGAGUGUGGUCUCAGACACCCAAAUCAAAAGACACUAUUGCCACCAGAUGUCUUUUUCUAGGUUGCUUUUUUUUCCCCAAUCACUGGUUUUUGCUUCUGUGGUAUGUGCCAACCAGAAAAGGUAGGCAUCAUACCCUUUGAUGGCAUACCUCUCCUACAAACUCCUCUCAGGAAUGGGUGAGACUCCACUAGUGCCUAGCACUCAACAUUUAAAAUUAUUGCAGUGAAAUUAUAAACAUUGCUGUCAGCUCAGGAUUCCUGUCAAGCAUUUCCUGAAAAAAGACAAACUGAGCAAGAACACAUCUAUGUGUCAUGGCUGACUGAUUCAACCCAUGUCAUGUUUAAUUGUACCUGGAGUAAUAACUACAUUACAUAAGUCUAAUGUUUGUGUACACACCAUCAUCAUGUCUGAAAUAGGUGCAAUAGUAUGAAUCCAUUGGAAGGGCUUCAGGACCCAUAGUAAUGACAAGUGUUGACAAGCCAAGCCCCUCUCUCUCGGGCUGGCGUCAGCAAAGCAAUCCCAAACACAGUUCUAGGUGACUUCUUGUACUUCAGAACUCUGAAAUGAAGCACUUCUUAUUUGGCUCUCUAGAUCUCUAUUUUAAACAUUUUUGAAGCAUCAAGCUGGCUACAUUUUAACCCAGCUGUUCUUUGUCAUCUUGUUAAAGAUUAUUUUGAUUGUGUUUUGUUGUCAUUAAGCAAAGUUACAGAAAUGGUCCCCUGCACUGCCAUUUUGUAACUACAAAAUGGCCAAGCACAGCAGUCAAAACUCCCCAAGUGGUUUACUGUUACUGAAGGGAAAUUGAGAAGCAGGAAACAGGAGUGUGAAGAUGAAUAGGGUUCUUGAAUGUUCAAAAUGAAGGUGGACAAUGGGUUAUCUGUAAGUAGUAACAUUAACUAAACUGCAUAAAAAGGUGUGGCCUUUGUUGUGAUAAUAAUAUGUAUUUUCUUAUAUGCAUGAGCCAAAUUGUUGCCUCAUUAUUUAACACAGGUGUGUCUGCCUUUACUUUUAGUCAUCUUCUUCCAUCCUUAUUGGUCUUGGCGAUUACUGUAGAUAGACCUUGUAAAUAUUGCAACCUCAGGUUGCUGCAAUUACAUUGGUUCAAUUCAGCAGAAGGAGCCGUAAACAGCAAGCACUCCACUGUGUCCUGAAGGGAAAAGUAAUUUUUACCUUUGAACCAAAAAUGUAUGAAGAGUUACAUCUUGAGGCUACUAACUGUAAGACAUUUUUAACUACUGUACUUGACACCACUUGAGACAGAGACACUAAAGAUUUCACACUAUUCAUUGGUAUUGUAACAGAACUACUAUUGUAUGGGUUUUUUGUAUUGCUGUUAAGUAUUGUUUUGUGUGUGUGUUGGAACCUACUGGGGACAUGUUAUAUUUUGAAGUGAUUAAACUAUUUAAUUGUGUGUCUAUAUUUUGGAAUGGAAUUAUUUCUUCAUUAAAAAGAUUUUUAAAAGUAA